AUGCGUCUCUCGGCGGCUCUCUAUGGGCCGCGCGCCCCCUGGCUCCCGUUGUUGAAAUCGGCACAGUUGCAGCGCCUCGCGCGUGCAACGGGGGUCCAGUCGUCUGGCACGAAGAAGAUCCUUGUCGAUCGUAUCGAAAAUGAGUUGCUCUUGCAGCCGGGGAGUCGGGAGCAGCGCCAACAGCCGCCAUCAGAACGGGGAUACGGCCUACUCAAGACAGGACACGCAAGGCCAUCCGAGCCAUGGAGUAUCCUCAGCAUUGACAUGGGGAUUCAGAACCUCGCAUUCGCUCAUCUGCGAGUUCAUCCCCCUUCCUCUAGGUGGAAUGGUGGUAGUGGUAGUGGCCCUCCCCCAACCCCGGAAUUAACGGCGUGGCACCGACUCGCUGUCUCGGAGAUUGCGAGUCUCAAUCUAAACACAGAUUCAGGGUCUACGGGUAUUGAUGAUGAUGCUGUUCCCGGUGCUGGAUCUACUCUCCCACAAUCGACACCAAUCACUCCGACAAUAGACAUCCACCCCAAUUCGCCAAGCACUACUACAUCCUCGAAUAAGGAAAAGGACUCCUCGUCUACAAAAGACUCUUUCUCUCCAAAGCUGUAUGCGGCCAAUGCAUACACCCUCCUCACAACCCUCCUCUCUGCCUACCGCCCCACCCACAUCCUGAUCGAGCGCCAGCGCUUCCGCUCAGGAGGGGCCAGUACCGUGCUGGAGUGGACGCUGCGAGUCGGGGUCUUAGAAGGCAUGCUGUACGCCGUCCUGCACACACUGCGCCAGGAGCGCGGCGGCGAGCUGGCGUCUGUUCAGGUCCACGGGAUCGAGCCGCGGCGGGUAGUACGGUACUGGACCGAGAGUGAGGCCCCGGCUGAUGCUAAUACGACGGAGAGCAAGAAGAAGAAGAAGAAUCUGACAGCGAGAGAAGUCAAAAAGGCCAAGAUUGAUCUGGUGGGACGCUGGUUGGCGGCGUCUUUGCCGGUACCAGGGGGUGAAGAGACCACAGAAACAGAUGAGAAAAGCGCUGGAUCGGCCUUUGUGGCUGAGCCCUUGAAAAUCUCGCUGGCUGAAGACAAGCCUGUCUUGCAUGAUCUUGCCCGCGCGUAUCUUCGGAAAUGGCAGGGACAGUCGCAGAAGCGGAAGGGUUCCCGUUCUUUGAAGACGGCGUCUGCUGGGGAUGCUCUGUUGGUUGAUCCGGGCAAGCUGGAUGAUCUUGCGGAUUGUCUGUUGCAGGGAGUAACUUGGUUUGAAUGGCAGGUCAUGCGGGAGCGCAUUGCCCGGGAGGGCGUUGAGGCGCUGGACUCAAGCGUGGCAUGA